AUGAACUACGAUCUAAAUGACCACAUGGAAUUGGCUAGAUACAAUCUCAAACAAAAACAAACUAAAAACUGGAUAAAUGUCACAAGUCAGUCAAAACAGUCAAGUCAGUCUGAACUAUAUCAAGCGGAAAAACAAUCAAUGUUUACUGGUGUCAAUAAUUUUAUGACCAAGCUUAUAAUCGAUAAGGAUCGUUUGAAUAAUUCUAAAUUUUACAAAUCCAAUUCUGAGGAAAACAUGAUCUUGGAUGAUUUUAAAGAACGUAUGAAGUCAGCCCAUGACAUUAUUAAUCAACUAAAUUGUUUGAUACAAAUAGAAAAAUCUGUUUGGAUAGCACCAAUUUAUGAAAAUACUCCGAAGGAUAGACAAAAAUUCCAUGAACUGAAAAAGAAAAUAAAUUGGAUGGAGGAAUCAAUAGAAUCAGCUGUUAAAAGAUAUAAUGUAAUGAGAAUAUUUUUAAAUCUUCCAAAAGACAAUUUAUAUUCAGAAAUAAUACAUCAAACGCCACCAUUUAAACUAGAUUAUAUGUCUAAAAAAAAAAGACAAGAAAUAGAAAAUCAAUUUAAAUUUAAAGAAACAGAACUCAUUUUAUCCGAUUUGCGAUCACCAAUGGAAUUGUUAAAUAAUAGAAUUGUAGAUCAUGGGAUCGGUCCAAUUUAUCGGUUUCUAAAAAGAAACACAUCUGGUGAACAAUUUAUUUACCACUAUUCGUGUACAUUGUUUGGAAUGUAUGUUGAAGGAAGUGGUACUAGCAAGUAUGAGGCAAAACUAAAUGCAGCUAGUGAAAUGUUGCGGUCAAUUAUAAGAAAACAGAAAAAACGAACUCUUUCUUCACACAUAAGAUCUUUCAACGAAAAGGAAUUGAAAGCCAUCGGUCAAAUGAUUAAGUUUAAAGCAAACUAUGUGGAGGUACUUCAUAGUGAAUGCGUUAAAUAUUCGUUUAAGCCACCAGUUUAUACGCUUAUAUCACAGCCCAAAAAUGACGAUCAACUGGUUAGCCAUUAUUCAAUCCAAUGCAAUGCGAUGGACUUAGUGGCGAUAGGACACAGUAACAAACAAUCAACAGCCAAACAAAUGGCAGCACACAAUAUAAUGAAACUAUGGGAGAAAUUGAAUUCAAACAGCAACCCCUCCAAAAAUGUUGUUAAUGGUCAUCAUUUGUGGAAAUAUAAUUUUACCGAAGCCUAUUAUUUAAUAUUUGCCGGCCGCGGUAGCCCCGAAGAAAGUCCUGGGGCAGCAUAUGCCACCCCUGCUGCCCAUGUGUUCAAGCAUAUGGCCUUUAGGUACUAUCCUGAAUUUCCACUAUCCCCUUUGUAUAAACUUCUUCCGUUUCUUCCUGAUAUAUCUGGUUUUUUUACUGUGGCUGCUGUCACCGUCGAUAUCUCUCCGCCCUAUGCCUUGUGUAAAGCGACACAUGAAUGUUGA